AUGCCUCUAGCCGCUCCUUCUUCUUCGUCUUCUUUUGCAGUUGAGGCCUUGUAUGUGAAGACAAUUAUCUUCUCUUCCAAAGCAUCAGCAAUUGGAGUCGUAUAUAGUGAUUUGAAGGGGAGGACUCAUGAGGCGUUGAUAAGAGAUGAAGGAGAGGUGAUAUUGAGGGCAGGGGCAAUUGGGAGCUCUCAGCUUCUUCUUCUCAUUGGAGUUGGUCCACUUCCUCUUCUUUCGUCACACAAAGUUCCGGUAGUUAGCCAAAACCCCGAUGUGGGAAACUUUAUGGUGGAUAAUCCUCGUAACAGUAUCACCAUUAUAGUCCCAUUUACAUUGGACCUUUCAAUUGUACAGGUUGUAGGAAUUACAAAUUACUUCAAUUAUAUAGAGCCAUUCUCUUCCAUCACCUCAUUUUCUUUUCCUCAACCUUUUAGCUUUGAUCCAAAUGAAACCACUCCUUUAGAAUUGAGUGUGGCAACCAUUAUUGAGAAGUCCUCUGGACCACUUUCAAGUGGCUCCCUCGGGUUGGUUUCGUCGGCUGAUGUCAAAGUCAACCCAACUGUCUGA